AUGAACACAGAUGACAUCUAUAGAGUUUGUCGCGGCAAAGACUUGAACGGCACUGUUAUCAUUCUGUGCAAGUAUGACAUCCCUGACUCUCCCCGUCUCACUCGUAUGAUUCAGGGGUCGGCAAAUCAGUUGGUCUCUCAGUUCAGACUUACUUACCAUAUGAUCUGUAAUUUACACAAGACUUGCAAAUCAGACGAAACAGAUAUUGAAAAGUUUUUGGAGCGCUCUUUCGGUGAACACAAUCGUCUCAAACAAUCAGCAGAUGUGAUGAAAGAGUUGGAUUCGUUGAGACAGCAAAUUGAGACCUUUGCCAUUCAACAAUGCCCUCAAUGUUCAGAUAUAGAUGGUUUUUGUGUGCUCUUUGACCAAUAUGUCGAGUGCUUGCAAUCAUUUGCAGAAGUGUUGGACAUAACUCCAGUUCAGGAGGGAAUCAUUGUUCGCUGUAUUCAACGACUGGACGAACUUCUAAAGUACAUAAAAAUGGCGGCCAAUAAGAUGGGCAACAAAGAGCUCGAAGAGAAGGCGCGGGAGAAGAUGUUAAUCAAAGAAUUCUUGAGACUUUUUGUUGGGUUGAAGGCACUUUUACUCUUCCUAAAGCCCUAAUUAAAGCCAUUGAUAAAGAAGUUCCGGCUCCGGGUAUCGAACAAUUCUAUGAAAAGGAUGAAGUUCUCGAACAUUCUUACUAUCAAUGGGUUUGUGUAGUUUUAUUCCUUCAAUCGGUCUGUUUUUAUAUAACAAGAGCCCUUUGGAAGGGAUGGGAAAGAGGAAAAAUCAAACAUUUAAUAAAUGACUUAAACAAAGUGAUCCUCAAAGAAGAGGCAAAAAUUAGUAAAUGUGAUACUUUGGUCACUCAAUUGGUCGACAGUCAGGGCAAGAAUAAUGCCUACGCUUUUCGCUAUUUUAUUUGCGAAGUCCUCAACUUUUUUAAUGUCAUAAUACAAAUGAUUUUCAUCAAUUGGUUUCUUGGAGGAGAGUUUUCAAGAUAUGGAAUAAAUGUAUUCAAUUAUAUUGACCGUGAUCCAAAUCAAUCAGAAGAUCCCAUGGCCAGAGUUUUUCCAAAACUAACCAAGUGCACAUUCAGACAAUAUGGCCCUUCUGGUGAUAUUAAACGGUAAUACAACGGUGUAGUGACUACACUGUAUACAAUAUAAUAUAUUAUAUCAUAUUUGGUACAUAAGAUAUAUUAAU